UUUUCCCAUUUAAUUUUGUCAAGUGUCCGAAAUAUGGGUAGCCACUCCAAGUUGUAAAACUGCUCAUUUGGUUUGGGCUAAGCCACUGAGGCAUUGCAGUAUGAGGAGAUCUGGGGCUCCGAGUCAAGGAGGUGUGGCCAAACGUCCAAGGUUUUCAGCUCCGUUCAAGACCCCAGUCCAGGACAGUCAUCAUCAGCAGGCUACAUCAGUUUCCCAAAUAAAACAAGACAUAACCACCAAAGUCGUUCAACCAGAAACAGAUGUGAAAAAUGUGGUAACGCAUUCAGAAGUAACACAGCAGACAGAACCACAACAAGAAGUCAACAAAGUCUCUAAACAUCAUUUUAAAUUACCAUUACAUGUGCGUUCAUCAGCGGUGGACAAUCGCCUUCCACAGGAAACUAACAAAAAUGGAGCACAAGAGACAGCUACUGAAGGACAGACCAGAUACCUGAAUGUCAUGUGGUGUAAGAGAUCAAACAAGAAGCACAAAAAAUGGGAAGGAGAUGCAAUACUUAUAACAAAGGGAAGAUCAGUGACACUGCUUGAUAUGGAUGGAAAAGAAAUUGGUAAAUCUUCCGGCUACAAAUCUACAGAGUUAGAAACACUGAAGGAUGAUGAAACCUUAGUUGUUGGCGGUAAAGAAAUCCAGGUGAUGUCUGUGAUGACGCAACAACAGUUUAAGUCAGGGAAAUGCUUCUCUGCUUCAUCACUAACACAAUCAGCUCCCAGUCCUUCAUUGUUACAAAGUGGGACCAUCAAUAAAGCAUUUGUUAGCCCACAGACACAGGGCCACUCUACACAGACUGCUGUCAAACCUACGGCCUCCACCACACAGUACCAAGUACAGCCUAGACACAGCAUAGAUCAGCCUGGUGCUCUGGUGAUGCCAAGACCAGGCAAACAACACCAGUGGUUUACAAACAAGAACUCCCUGCCCAUUGUUGAUGUGGUUGUCGACCCACACAUAGCGUCCCAUCUUCGUCCACACCAGAGAGAGGGAGUGAUCUUCCUUUACGAGUGCAUCAUGGGAUUCAGAGAUUUUGGCGGCCAAGGGGCCAUUCUUGCAGAUGACAUGGGCCUCGGGAAAACUCUGCAGUGUAUUGCUCUAAUAUGGACUCUCCUCAAGCAGGGACCAUAUGGUGGCCGACCCGUAAUGAAGAAGGCUCUCAUCAUUACCCCAGGCAGUUUAGUCAAGAACUGGCAGAAGGAAAUAAAGAAAUGGUUAGGCAAUGAACGCUUGUCAGUGUAUGCUGUCAGUACAGAUCAACGUGUUGAGGAUUUCAUGAAUACUGCUAUAUAUCCUGUCCUCAUCAUAUCAUAUGAAAUGUUUGUGCGAGCGUAUGAGAUGAUCCAGAAACUCCGGUUUGAUCUCAUCAUCUGUGAUGAAGGACACAGACUGAAAAACACAGCAAUCAAAACAACAUCUCUGAUCAUGUCACUACCCACCAGAAAGAGAGUGGUACUGACAGGAACACCAAUACAGAAUGAUCUUCAAGAGUUUUACUCCAUCGUAGAGUUCUGUAAUCCAGGAAUACUAGGAUCAAGCUCUGCUUUCAAGAAUAUUUAUGAGAAUCCGAUUGUAGCCUCACGUCAACCUGGAGCAAGUCAGGAGGUACUAGACAUUGGGGAGGAACGUGCCUCAGAACUGUCUCGUCUCAUCAAACUUUUCCUGCUACGGCGCACACAGGAAAUCAAUAACAAAUAUCUACCGCCAAAAAGUGAAGUGGUGGUUUUCUGUAGCCCAUCAGACCUACAGAUGCAGCUGUAUCGAGUUCUGUUGAGUUGCCGGCUAAUUAGGGCAUGUCUGACUGGACAGAUGGAGGGAGCGCCACACUUGAUUUGUAUAGGAGCCUUAAAACAGCUUUGUAAUCACCCAUUACUCCUCCACAGCAAAGCCAAGAAUGCACAUCAAAACAGCCUAGAUGAGGAAUCGUCAGUGUACGAAGGAUUAUUCCCUCUCUACCCAGAAGGAUUGCUAGAGGAGGAGCAUUUGGAGAGAUUCUCUGGGAAGCUGCAAGUGCUGGCAGGGCUCUUAGCAGACCUCCAUAAGCAGUGUCCAACAGAGAAGGUGGUUCUUGUGUCCAACCAUACAAAGACUUUAGACGUGCUGCAGAAGUUUUGCGACCAGAAAAGGUAUGGCUUUCUUAGACUUGAUGGCCAGACACCUACAAACCGACGUCAGGAACUUGUCACAAAGUUUAACAACAAAUUUUCUAAAGAAUUUGUAUUCCUGUUGAGUUCCAAGGCUGGAGGUGUGGGUCUGAACCUGAUAGGAGCCUCCAGAUUGGUGCUGUAUGAUAUUGACUGGAACCCUGCCAAUGAUCUACAGGCUAUGGCACGAGUGUGGCGUGAUGGACAGACAAAACAGGUUUAUAUCUACAGAUUACUAACCACUGGCUCCAUUGAGGAAAAGAUCUACCAGCGACAGAUCACCAAGCAGGGCCUCAGUGGAGCAGUCAUGGAAUCUAAGGCAGGAAAAAAUGAUGUGCAAUUCUCUAGGGAGGACCUUAAGGAUUUAUUUUCUCUGAAUGUCAAUACGCUGUGUGACACGCAUGAACUUCUAUGCUGUGACUGUCAGGGAGGCAUAGACACAGUAGGGGGUUCGUCAUCCUCAGGUACAGCUCUCUCGAGUGUCAGACCUUGUCAGUUAGGGUCUGGCAGCAACCAAAAGGCUGCUAAGCGGAACCUUGGAAUGGAGGAGUUGAUGGACUGGAAACAUGUACGAGGGAACAGUGGCCAAACCAAUCCUGAAUGGUUCCUAGAUGGCGUUACAGGGGAUGUUUCUUUCAUAUUUUGGCAUGAGACCAAGUCAUAAUGCCGUUUCUGUUGAUAUGUGGACCAUUACCCGAGUCUUUCAGUGUCUACAAAUAUAUAUUUAAUACAUUCUUCA